GCCACUCACUUAGAGAGUCAUUGUGCCCAACCCCAGUGGAUUCCUAGUUACAAUGAGGCUCUGUAGUCGUUCAGGGAUGAGUGAAAACAAAGCCGGGCCCUAUUAUUUGCAGCAGCAGUCAGUGAGCAAAGAUAAGAGGCCCAACAGGAUGGCUAUGGGCUACUAGCACCUUUGCACCCAUGCACCUCCAGGGGAGAGCCAAGGGCACAGUAAGGUUGUUGUUACCGCAGAAUGUCUUUCUCCGCCUGGAAAUUAUAAACAUUCGGAACAGUCCGGAAUCUCUGGGCACUGGUGAGUCGGAGUAUUUGCCGCAAGAUGCCGGGGAGAGGUUCCCUAGAGGACGACCCCUUCGACUUCCUGUUUAAGAUCAUUCUGAUUGGUGAUUCCAACGUGGGGAAGACUUGUGUGGUGCACCGGUUCCAGUCGGGAAUCUUUAUGGACAAUCAGCAGAACACUAUCGGGGUGGAUUUCACAGUGAGGAGCCUGAACAUUAAUGGGAAGAAGGUGAAGGUGCAAGUGUGGGACACCGCCGGGCAGGAACGUUUCCGCACAAUCACCCAGAGUUAUUACCGCAGCGCCCACGGCGCAAUCAUCGCCUAUGACAUCACUCGCCGCCAGUCCUUCGAGUCGGUGCCGCACUGGAUCUACGAAGCGGGAAAAUACGGCGCAGCCAACCUGAUGCUGAUGUUAAUGGGGAAUAAAUCGGACCUGGCGGAGAAGAGGCAGAUCCUGUUCGAGGAGGCUUGCACUCUAGCAGAGAAGCACGGGCUGCUGGCGGUCCUAGAGACCUCGGCUAAGGAGUCGCACAAUGUGGACGAGGUGUUUCUUCUAAUGGCCAAAGAGCUCAUCGCCCGCAACACAUUCCACUACCACAACGAGAGCCCCCGCAACAGCUUCAUACUGGACUCCAAACCCGUCCUCGCCCCCCCAGAGCCGGACAAGAGCUGCUUGUGUUAAAGUAAAUCAGUAAAUCUUAAAUACAGGGGCCCUCCUGCUCCUGCGCCUCCUCUUAAAGGAGUGGUUCCCCCUUUCAGUCAACUUUUAGUAUGUUAUAGAAUUGCCAAAUCCUAGCAACUUUUCAAUUGGUCUUCAUUAUUUAUUUCUUAAAGUUUUUUUUUAAUCAUUGGCCGUUUUCUUCUGACUCUUUCAAAUAGGGGGUCACUGACCCCAUCUAAAAGCAAAUGCUCUGUAAAACUACACUACAGAUUUGUAUUACUCCUCUUUCUAUUCAGGUCCUUCCCUAUUAAUUUUUCAGUCUCUUAUUCAAAUCAGUGCAUGGUUGCUAGUGGAAUUUGGGCCCUAGCAACCAGGUGGCUGAAAUAACAAACUGGAGAGCUGCUGAAUAAAAAGCUAAAUAAGUCAAAAACCACAAAUAAUAAAAAAUGAAAACCAAUUGCAAAUUGUCUCAGAAUAUCCCUCUCUACAUCAUACUAACAGUUUCGUAAUUCUAAGCAACUUUUCAAUUGGUCUUCAUUUUUUCUUUUUUAUAGCUUUUGAAUUAUUUGCCUUCUUCUGACUCUUUACAGCUUUCGAAUAGGGGUCACUGACCCCAUCUAAAAAACAAAUGUAAGGCUACAAAUGUAUUGUUAUUGCUACUUUUUAUUACUCCUCUUUCUAUUCAGGCCUCUCAUAUUCAUAUUCCAGUUUCUUAUUCAAAUGAAUGCAUGGUUGCUAGGGGAAUUUGGACCCUAGCAACCAGAUGGCUGAAAUUACAAACUGCUGCUGAAUAAAAAGCUAAAUAAGUCAAAAACCACAAAUAAUAAAAAAUGAGAACCAAUUGCAAAUUAUCUCAGAAUAUCCCUCUCUACAUCAUACUAACAGUUAAUUUAAAGGGGAACAAUCCAUUUCCCGUGCAGUAAAGGGGAACUGGAGCUCAAUAUGCACUAAUAGUGUCGCAUUUAUAUACACGGCAGCUCACAUGCACCCUGCCAUCUGUGUUUCCAUUUUGCACAUGGACCCGUAUUAACAAGG